UAAAUACUGACAAUAAACAUGAAUCUGUCAGCUGUGACGUUCUGCUUCUACCUUUCUAAAUAAUCUUUUGGAUGAAUGAGGCAGUGCUAUGAGAGAAUUUUAUUUGGCUCACUAGACUAGGAGAAUGUUCAAUUUUCCUGCACUCAAAAGAUUUUUUGAGGGUCACAUGGGGUCGGAGGUUCCAGCGGAGGUCAGUGAUGAGUGGACAGUUAUUCAAGAAGAUCUUGAAAUGUUUGAGGAGUGUCCAGAAUGCAAGCCGUCUCCUUCCAGUUUGAAGACUAUUACUCGUCUCCAUUGGAAGAAGGGUGCUGAUUGCCAUGUCUGUAGUAAUUCAGAAUGUAAACAGAACCUGUGGGCUAUUUCAAAACAUCAUUGUAGAAGAUGUGGAAAUGUAUUUUGUGGAAAGUGCAUCCAAUUCCAGCGAAAUCUGUCCCCAGAUGCAGCAUACGAUCCGAAUGGUUGGCCUUAUAAAGUAUGUGAGAAGUGCUUCUAUGAUGACCCUCAGACGGUAGGAUUCAGUAAAAGCCAUAAGGAUUACUUCGAAGGAUGGCGAGCAGCCAAGCAUCUAGUAAGCAAGGUCCUCACCAGACCAACAAUCCUAUGCAAUCUGAAGAACCUUGUUGAAGGCUUUGCCUGUCAUUACAAGCCUCCUCCCCCACCCCCUCCGGACAUACCCACCAGCCCGGCGGAUCCUUCCGCGGCACCCUCUUCUCAGCUCCGCAAGCCACGCCUGGCAACCUCACUCUUCAAAGGUGUAUCGGCGGUACGACAAGGGGUGAGCGGGAUACAGAAUGCUCCCAGGUGGAUGAAGCAAAGUGUGGUGGACCUUCACAAAGCUCCUGGACGGGUUGCCAAGGGCGUGUCGGAGGUACCGGGGAGGGUCAAACAGGGUGUGACCGGUCUCAAAAAGGCAGAGACGUGGAAGAAAAGAGUGGUCCCAGAAUGGCAGAAACCACCUACAUGGGUGGAGGAGGGAGGUUCAUGCCAAUGUUGCGAUCGUCCUUACCCGCCGUUGGAACAGCGCCACAACUGUCGGAUCUGUGGCAAACUUGUCUGUAAGGCCCAGUCCUCCUUAGACCUGCUCCUCUACAAACCAGACCUAAUAGACCAGGUCUUAGCGGGGUCCCAUGCUCGCUGGGCUCUCAUCAGAGUAGUCGGGAGUCCUGAAGUAGAACCAGAUCACCAUCUCUACCUUAGGAUCUGCCAACCCUGUCGAGAUCACCUGCAGAUCAUCCAAGUAGAGGAGUACCAGAGACUCAACAAAGGUCAAGGGAUGGUCAAUCUCUGCUGGCAACAGACGUUGGUCAUCUAUCAAGAUAUCAUGAGUCUGCGGUCAAAGAUUGACCAUCAGCUUCCAGAGUUCCAGGAGAUUGUUGCUGAGGUGGAGGUCAGUGCUGGAAAUCCGGAAGUUAAAGUUAAACCAGACUCGGACAACAAAGAUCAGCUAGCUAAUUAUCAGAGUGUGAUAUCUCAUCAUCUAUCCUCAUUGGUAGCAGUCAUCUGCCGUCUCAAAGAACUCCACCCUCAAACUCAAGGCCAAGUCAAAGUACUCAAGAAUAUAAUCAAGUGCCAGCAAAGUUUCUACAUGGAAAUGAGCACACAGUUCAAACAGCUACUAGCACAGCUCAAACAAAUCACCCCCAAAACAGUUCAUCAACAGAUCAUCGAUCUUCUGGAAACUGAGGCUUUGAAUUCUGCGUGUGCGUCAUUGAACCAGCUUGAAGUGGAAUGUAGAUACCUGUGUGAAACGCAUCAUUUAGACAUCAAUAUACCACUUAUUAUCAAGGAAACAGCUGAGGUUGUAGAAAUCGAGAUUAAAGACAAGAUGGAAGAGGCCGGAGCGGAUUGGUCGGAACAAAAAGAAGAACUUGAAGAGUUUGUUUACAUUCAACUAGAGGGGUUGCCAGAGGCCAACAUACUUCCUCAUCGGAUUAUUCAGCCUUCUAAACACCUUCUUCGUCAUCUUGGUUCGUAUUAUCUUCACUGGCUGGUCAGUAGGAAGGCUGUGGAGGUGUUCAGGAAGAUCAGGCUACAGCUGAUGAUCAGGAACGCUGCCAAGGCUAGUCUGCAGGCUACCAGUCAGUCGCUGGAGAGGUUGACAAAGAGUAUACAAGAGGAGGCACAUAAGGAGAAACAGAAACAUUGAAGAGAAGAGAUCAGGGGGCUUCUCAUCGACAUGUUUUCGUCAUGAAAGGAUUGGUGUAUGCUUGAAUCGACGAUGUCUGUCUUAUCCACCAGUUACCAUGACAGUUACCACAAAACCAAGGAAAAUAGUCAAAUCUGACAACUUGUUAGAUAAUGAUAAAAAUAAUAAUAGCUGGAUUUAUGCAGCGCUUUUUGCCUGAGGAUACAAAGCACUGCUAUUAUUACCUGAGUUUGACUUGAGCUACCACUUUAUUGCUCGGUUCAUUCAAGGAAGUAAUCCUGCAGGAUACCUACUCAACACACCUGGGUCGGGUGCAACGGGGUAUGGAUCAGUAUCUUGCUGAAGGAUAACACACCAUGGCUGGGAAUCAAACCCAUGACCUUCCAUUAGAAAAACAAAAGACAGAACCACUAGACCACGUCGUGCUCUCGAAUGUUGAUGAAUAGCUCUCCAGAUCAGACAAUCACAGCAUCGGCUCACAGCCUGUCCUUGGUUUCGACCGGCUGAGACACAUCGUUCAGUAUAUAAUAGUUAAUCAUGAUGCCUAUAGAUUGCAUGAGCCUUAAUCUUUUAUGCUGAAAUUAUUUAUCAUCAUUAGAACUAUAACUUCAUUGAACAUUCCAGUGUACAAUAGAUGGUACUCCAGGCUGAAAAUAAUUAUUAUUAAAUACAUGUACGGUAAAUAUACCAAACUUACACAAGGAAAAUGCUGAGAAUUUCCAGGGUUCACAAUCUUUCUCAUAUUCCAUGACUUUCCAUGGCCAUUCUCGCCAGAAUUCUAUGACCUUUCCUUGACUUAUUCACCUUUUUUACAUGGUAGACUGAAAUUUUGAUUUCAAAUUAGAGCACAAUUCUACCUAUAGAAAGGCAGCUUUUGCUAUCUAGUUAUUUAAUCUGUUACAAUUACAUGUUAUUUUUUUCUUCAUAUUCAAUAUGCACCGCUGUAGAAUAUUCCUACAAUUACGCAUGUACAUUCUCAUCAGUAAUUGUCCACUUUUUUAUGAGCAAUUAUUUUCAAUUUUAAAGAAUACAAAUUGCCUUUUCUUUUUCUGGUUUCGCACUUUCGCCAUUUACAUUUUCACUAUCAUGUUUAUUCAUAUCAAUAAUUGUCCACUUUUUUGUUGGAAAUUAUUUUUAUUUCUAAAGAAUGCAUAUUGUUUUUUCCUGGUUUCAUGGGCCUCCGUGAUUCCUGCUCUAGCUCUCCCUUGCUCAUAUAAUAUAACCCCCCCCAAAAAAAGCAAAAAAAAAACACACACAAUCACCAUCACCAAUUUUGAUUACAACACAGUAGGCCUAUUCUUCUGAUGCAUUCUUAUUUUGCAAGCAUUAAAGGUAAAUUCCAGUUUUGGUAACGAUCUCAAAAUGACUUUUUACAGAAUCUAAUAUAAUGACCACCCAAGUGUCUGUUUGUAUGAAUAAAAAAUAUGUGCCAAAGGAUUCUGGAAGAAAUUGUGUAAUUGCUGAGAAAUAAGCAAAAUAGGCGCGGCUUCGGUCACUUCCGUCGGGUCUUUAUUCCAGCGAUAAUAAUACACUGUCCCACGUGUGCCUAUCUGUGUUGGCGAUCUUCAGUGUGAUCGUAUUUCAGCUUAGAUUUUAUGAUUUCACAAAGUUCAGUUUAUGUAACUGUACCAGAUCUAGAUCCACAAUGAUAUAGUCAUACUUAACCUUGGUUUUACAGACUUUCUCACGAAAUUAGUGUUUUACUGCAACUACUGUAAUUUAGCUUUAAG